AGCUACACAAUGGCGAGCCUGGAAUACCAUUGAUGUGACAUAUUUUUCCUAAAUUUCGAACGAAAAGUUGAUUUUCUUGCUCGAACGCGACGGAAAAUACGGCCAAGAAAUUUAGCACCGUCUGUGACUCGGUUUGCGGCUGGAGAAGACAUCGAGCACAUCGAUUUGUUCGUUUUCCGGUGGCGGUUCGAAGUGAAAUAUUUUUGCUCGUCUCGGUCUAAUCGCGGGCGAAAUGACCUUAUAAGAAAAAUAGGAUUUUUCGGUAUUCUAUUGGUGGACAGUGGAAGUGACAUUCCCGAAUCUCUCCCCUUCAGUGGGGGAGGUGAAAACUGCUCUGGAACAAAUAUUCAUAUCAAUUCAACAAUAGAAAGUGAUAGAAAAACUUCAAGUUUCAGUGAAGUGCAAAAAAAAUUUAUCAGACGAGAAAUUAAACUUCCACAAAAUGGUAGCAGCAAAAUUUGAUGUUCAAUUGUUCUUCUGCAUGGAAAUGUUUACUCUAGCCAAAGACGAUUGAGCAACACUCGGGCCGAUCUGUGUUAAGGUGAGUGCUUCCGGUAGAAGGGCAUUCUAAGGUCCGAAACAAGUGUAGCUCAAAAGAUUCUUGCUCGACGAAGGAACACCAUAGCGUGUUGAAUCUGUGAUAUUCCUGCAAAGCGCUUCUCAAUGUUACUGACUUGGGGAAUUUAAACUCCGUCCACUGCGAAAAAGGAGCCUCGUUGCUUCAUUCCCCCUGGCACUAUUGAUAUUAGCAUUGCCCUGGCAACAGCAGAUGCUGACAGGCAGCAAAUCCCAAACGAUGAUGAAAAACAGUACUAAGAACCCUAACAUUACAGUGUUCCGAUUACGAUCGGAUAGAGCGAUGCAAGGCAGUAACAUUCCGAUAGUGUUCCACCGUCAAAGGAACGGUGGCAGAUCGAUUAAAACGCAUGCUAAUACUUCCACGAGGCAGAGCACGGAAGUGGCCAUCCCUUAUUUGAACAAGUCUGACUACAUCUACUUGACACAAUCAACGGACAGCAUCUGCAGCAGUAGACGGACGCUGAUUAAAAGAUUUCCAAUGAAUGACUUUGACGCUACCAGGGCGCUCGUUAGCCAUAUUACUGAGCUGAUGCGAACCACUAAUUCUGUGACUUUGAAAUGUGAUUUUAAUGCUUACCUGAAUAAUGUUAAUAUUAGUCGUAACCUAGUACUAGAUUAUUCUACUACUUUGAACCGAGUUCCGGUAGAACCGUUUACCAAAUGCAAAUCUUUCAAUGAAUCGCAAUGCCGUCGACAAGGCUCGUAUACGAAAUUUGAUGAUCUGCUAGUGAUGAUAGCCAACGAGAAAGUAUUGCUCAGGCGCACUUCGUUUGAAUCGCAAGGAAGAUCAUUACCACGCUUGCGACUCUGUGGUGGUGGAGAAGAUUCGAUCAACAACGGGACAAGUGCAUGGGGUAUUCCGAAUCAGCAGCCACCACAAGCAUGGGGUGGAGGAACAGCUGGCAAUAACAGCUCCAAUGUGAACAACAAUAACAACAACAAUCAACCAGCAUCAAGUCAAUCGCAACGGCAGCCAUCACAAUCACAGGAUCAAAAUGCAAAUAAAGCGCCACAACAAAUCACAAAUGCCACUAACGGUAGCACACCGAAUGUUUGGAACCUUAAUCCAACACAGGCCACCGGGCCUAUCCAAAAUGUUGUCAAUAACAAUCCGGCACCGCAGCUACAGCCACAGCAGCAGAUGCCGCAGCAGCAGCCACAGCCACUCGUCCUACCUAACAAUGGGAACGUGGCAACAAAAAGUCAACUUGAGCAGCUUAGUAAUAUGCGUGAGGCACUGUUUAGCCAGGAUGGCUGGGGUUGUCAAAAUGUCAACCAAGACACCAACUGGGAAGUACCCGGUUCACCAGAGCCGGGAAAAGUUGAAUCAGUCGCUCCCUCGGGUGGAGGUCCAAGCGCAUCCGUAACUGGUUGGAAGCCUUGCAAUCUGAAUAAUGGCACUGAACUGUGGGAAACGAACUUGCGGAACGGAGGACAGCCACCACCGCCUCAACCAGUUCAAAAAGCACCGUGGGGACCAUCGACCAAUAUCGGUGGAACAUGGGGCGAGGAUGACGAUUCUGGUGAAGCAACUGUGUGGAGUGGUGGAUCAGCACCCAACCCCCAAACCGCAGCCCCACAGUCUUGGACUCAGAACAACCCUUCGUUAUGGCCGCCUGGAAAUCCUGCAGGGCCGAGCCCGAUUGUUCCGAAGAAAGAAAGCGAAUGGGGCGGAGUUGGUGUAAUUGGUGCAAACACUGGUGCUACUGCAGCUGUGCCGCCGGCUGUUUCUGGAUGGGAUUCUCGUGGUGGUACAGCUCCAGCUGUAAACCUACCAGGUCCUAUAGGCCAAUCGGCACCACUCGAAACAGCCAGAGAGAUUCGUGGAGAUCCACGGGGCAUAUCUGGUCGAUUGAAUGGUAAUGCUGGUAUGUGGGAUCAACCCAAUGUUCCGAACCUUCCCGCUGCGGCAAAAAUUGGUCAAAACACACUUCCCAAUAAUACUGGUACAUCUAACAACGGUCAAUGGAAUUCCCCGGUUCCGAACAAGCUGCCCGGAGCAUGGGAUGAUUCGGCAUCACCAAUGAAUACACGACCCGCAUUGGAUGAUACUCCCAGUGCCAUGUGGAAUCAAGGACCAUUGACCCGACAGAAUUCUAAUGUGUCCGGGUGGAAGGAUAUGUCCGAUAAUAUGGUACGUACUCCCAUGCCACGGGCUCCAUUAGGGAAUGGUGCUAAUCUACCACUUGGUCCUGUCAGUCGGGGCGUUCGACUCGGCAGUAUGAAUCCAGGGAUGAAACCAGAUAAUAUGUGGGGUCAAAAUCAACCGCAAGGUUUGCCAGUGAAUGGUUCUUGGGAAGAAUGUAACGUUAACAGUUGGGAAGACAAAGGUCUGGGUAGUAAUGGUCCUUGGAACGACUUUGGGCAGAACAACUUGUGGAACAAAAGUAAACAAGGUAGCGCAUGGCCUGAUCCAACUGAUAUGAUUAGUAGUGGUUCGGCAGCUGACUGGACCAUGAACAAACCUCCGAAUAAAAUGAAUCCAGGAGAAUUCAUUCGGACUAGCAAACCGUAUCGAAUGCUUUGCGAAAGUGGCUUCAAGAAGGAGGAUGUUGAAUUCGCUCUACGUACAACUAACAUGAAUUUCGAAGAAUCGUUGGACAUUCUACAGCGACAUAACGCCGUUGGUGCACUGGGAGAUUGGAGGCGUCCUGAUGAGCACCCAGGAAAUGCAUUCGAUACGCCAUUUAGAUUUAACGAUACACCUAACAGAUUUCCAGCAGUUCCUGGGGCCGGAAUGCCAUUUUCACAGAAUCAAAACUUGCUGAAUAACUUGCCUGGUGUUGGAGGCGGCAAUCCAAAUCUAGCCGCGUUGAACAAUCUGAAAUAUCUCUUCCAAGGUCCAACGGCAGUACAUCCAUCUUUCUCCCAGGCGCAGAAUCCAUUGACAACGGCCGCUGUUACAGCCAAUCCCCAAAACCCGCAAACACAACCCUCGACACAGCAGUUACGAAUGCUUGUCCAACAGAUUCAGAUGGCAGUGCAUGCUGGAUUUCUCAACCAUCAAAUAUUGAACCAACCUUUGGCUCCGCAGACUUUACUGCUUUUGAAUCAGUUGCUCAAUCACAUUAGACAAAUGCAACACAUCCAGAGUAACCUUGCCAGAAGUGGUGGAGCAGCGGGAGUCAGCACUGUGCAGCUAACAAUGCAAAUAAACAAGCACAAGGCUCAGAUCUCGCAAUUGCAGCAACAGAUAGCGGCACAGCAAGCAAUAUAUGUUAAGCAACAGCAGCAUCAACCCAGUGGCGGCCCUCAUCAACCACCACCAGGCACAAUGAAUCCAAACCUUGGUGGUGGCGAUUUUCUGCGGCAGCAGGACCUAGUGUCACUUCAGAGUAAUUUCGCCGAGAUGGCCCUAGGAAAGGAUUCCGUAAAUACUGCUGGUUUGUUCCCUCCAAAUGCAGCUACUGUGAAUAGCAGUGGUCCAGGGGGAACUGCUAACCCUGGAAUUGCCACAGGCACUGCUGGUAUUACUAGUCAACAAUCUCGUCUCAACCAGUGGAAACUACCAUCGCUCGAUAAAGAUAGCGGUGCUGGUGGCGCCAAUGAUCUCACCGAUUUCUCUCGUGCACCCGGCACGACCGCCAAAUCAACACUGUCAACCACAAGUUCCAACAUCAGCUCUCUAGGUUUGCAAGACGGAACAUGGUCAACGGGGCGCUCCAAUAUAACAGACGGAUGGCCUGAUCAGGCUUCCACUGGUGGUGUUGAACCGGAUAACAAAGACUGGACACCAUCACAAGAUAAUUCAGGCUUUUCCGAUCUCGUACCGGAAUUCGAACCAGGCAAGCCAUGGAAGGUAAAGGGAGUGCAGAUGAAGAUAGAUGACGACCCAAGUAUUACUCCUGGAAGUGUUGCACGUAGUCCACUCUCAAUAGCAGCAGCCAAGGAUACGGAUUUGUUUGGUACCGGCAGCAAAGCUUCGCCAAACGAAACGAUGGGUCUAACGCCUUCCACGUGGAGUUUCAAUCCUACUCAACCAACAGGAAAAUUGAUCGUCAGCGCCAAUAAGAAUGUUUGGCCGGAGAAUAUCACAGUUACUACAAACAGUAGUACUCCAGAUCCUUGGGGAGCUCCCAUGGGAAAAACAACACGUGGCCCUCCACCUGGAUUGGCUGCUAACAAGAACACUACAGCAGCUGCUAAUGGUUGGACCGGCAAUAGCAGUGCGCAACGGUCAGGAGCGAGUAACAUAUGGUCGACCGGAAACGGCUGGGGAUCGUGUUGGCUUUUACUAAAAAAUCUCACUUCUCAGAUUGAUGGUGCCACACUGCGCACGCUAUGCAUGCAGCACGGACCGGUACAAGAUUUGCAACUGUAUCUCAACCAUGGUUUGGCAUUGUGCAAAUAUUCCUCCCGCGAGGAAGCAAGCAAAGCUCAACAAGCGCUUAAUAAUUGCCCACUUGGCAAUAGCACCAUUGGAGCGGAAUGUCCGAGUGACACUGAGGUGCAAACUUAUUUCCAGCAAUUGGGAGCACCAACUAAAAGUUGGUGGGAACAGUAGUGGAAGCGUUUUGCCUCCCAGCAGCAUACUCCAAAAACGACUGGUACUGAAACAUGGGGCUCUGGAUGGCAACCUACCAGCUCGGGAACUGGUAAUAGUUUGUGGGCUCCACUGGAUGGAGCAUCGGAACGAGACACACCUUCCAAUUUGAACUCAUUUUUGCCAGAAAGUUUACUCGGUACCGAAUUAAAUUAGGAUACCGGAAUAGUUUCGGUCUCGAGCACUUCAUAAGAUGUUAAACGUUUACAUAUGACUUACUUAUUCUAUUUUGCUUCAAGGUUGUGUUUUACGUAUGUUUUAAACGACAUUAUUUAUUGUUUUCCUACUUUUGAUGAAAUAAACUACACAAUAUAUGUUACUCAGAA